AUGAGGGAUUGGCUUCAGGAAAAGAAAUCGAGCAGGCAGCCAGGCUCUUUUCAUAUCUAUUUAUCUAUAUAUCUAUCACACACUGUCCAUAUCUAUCUAUCUAUCUAUCUAUCUAUCUAUCUAUCUAUCUAUCUAUCUAUCGCACUAACUUUUAUCUAUCUAUCUAUCUAUCUAUCUAUCUAUCUAUCUAUCUAUCUAUCUAUCUGUCAGAUCUCACUCCUACUUUCUCCCCACGCUCACUCUCUCUCUCUCUCUCACUCAUUUUCUGUUUUCCUCCCUUUCUCUUUCUUGCUUUCUGUUUCGUUCUCAUUUUAUCCACUCUCUCUUUCUCCCACGGUCUUUUUCGCUAUCUUUCCUACUUCUUUGUUUGUUUGUUUCUUUAUUUAUUUUUUUCUUUUUUUCUUUCUUUGUCUCUCUCUUUCUAUCGUUUUUCUUUGUUUCUUACUCUCUUUCUGCUUCUUUUUCAUCUACUUCUCCCUCUCUCUUUCCCUCUCUCUCUCUCUCUCAUCCCCCUCUCUCUCUAUCGCUCUCUCGCUUCCUCUUUUUGUCUUUCUUGCUUUCUGUUUCUUUUGCAUUUUAUUUUCUCUUUCUCCUAUUCUCUUUUCCUCUCUUUCCUUUCCUCAUUCUUUCUUUCUUUCUGUUUCUCCCCUUUUUUUUCUUUUUAUCUCCCCUUUUUUUUCUUUUUAUCUCUACUUUGUUUCUUUCUCUCUCUCUCUAUCUUUCUCUUUUUCUGCUUUCCCCUCUUUCUUGUUUUCUGUUCCUUUCUUAUUUUCUUUUCUCUCUUUCUCCUAUUCCCCUUUUCUUCUCUUUCUUUCUCCCAUUCCUUCUUUCUUUCUGUAUCUCCUUUUAUUUUUCUCUUUCUUUGUCUCUCUCUUUAUCAAUCCUUUUUUUCUUUGUUUGUCUCUUUCUUUCUUUUUAUCUCUCUCUCUCUCUCUGUCUGUCUGUCUGUCUGUCUCUCUCCCGAAUGUGUUGCAAGAAGAUUAA